AUGCCCAACCUUGUGUUCAUCGACGUACAGGACCAAUCCGGGCAUAGCAGGAGCCGUGUCAAACGCCACGUUGCGAAAGAAAUCCAGAAGAAGAAACGGUUAGCAGAAAUUACUAAAUACCACAAUGUUUGCUACGGUCAUGAGGUGUCUAAUCCUGAACCGAUUGCGGACGAUCAUAGACCUCCAAUUCAAGCGCUUGUAGGUUGCGAAGACGUGCUUGCGCCGCCUUCCUCAACUCACACAGAGACCUCCCUACCAGUCAACGAUCGCACUGAAAAAGAUCAAAAAGAUCGACGAAAGCGGGAAAAGAUGCCUCUAAUGCUUCGAUGGCGAGUCGGAGUUCCUCAGAAGAUGAUUCCUCGUGGCGAUGACUUGCAAAUCGAAUUCGUUCUCACUCAGUCGUGCAAUUGGAUGUUUGGACAAUACACAUACCCGUGGUCGGUGCUGAUCAAGCAGGACCCUACUGUAUAUGAUCAGAAUAAUCGCAUUGAAAUCUUCAGGGAAGCCUUUUACAUUGUGUCGGAUCUGCUAAGCUUGCAGAAGGUUGAUGCAGCUUUCAGGGUUCUCAAGUGUACCCUGGACUCUGUACCGGAUCUUUUCCGAGACUCACAUCCCGAAAUAUUGUUCUCACUCGUGGAACUUGCGUCCGGAAUAAAUAUGCCAGGGGCAGAUUCGUUGCACACAAAGGUCAAAAUUCACGUCGCCGACAUUGCUGGAGUAGUUCUUGGGGAUCAACACCCACUCUCAAUCCUUUUAAAAUCCGAAUUUGAUAUCGCACCGAGAGCUUAUGUCACUGAGCUUGUUUUCAAAUGUAUAAUAGAUGCUCUUUCCAAGACCUUUGGGCGGACUGCAUAUCAGACCCUCGUACAGCAAAUGGGCCGCUCACAAUUCUAUGCCCGCACCGGACGAGACCAGGACGGUCAGAGGCUGAUCUCAGACAUCAUGAGGGAAUGGCAAGCCCAGUACGGCAGUAAUUCAGUCCUUGCAAGGCUCGCAGAAUUGGAGUUGAACCUGAUGCGCUUGCAAGCAUGUCGGGAACGGGAUCCAUCGGUGGAAGCCCAAACAAAUAAUGCUAUGCUAAGAAUCGAAGUGGUCUCAGGGGUGUACAGUAACAAGUUCACCGAAGAACCAUCUUCCGAAGAGAUGCAGCUGGACAGAUCUUCAAGAGCACUAGCUCUCGCCCAUUGGUUCUUACUCAAGAAACGAUAUACUUUCGCUUUGCAUGUCUAUGGCCGACAGAAUGCGAGGUUGGAACAGCACCAGAUAUCAAAAAGUCAAUCCCAAGGGCCAUCCCUGGCGGAUGAAAUCUCUGACAUUGUUCAAGAUGCACUCUUCGACGUUCUGUCUUGCCCUAGCGAUAUUUCAGUGCUUCCGUCCCAUGCCUCAAUAAAAGAUGACUUCAGGUCAUCUGGUUGA